AUGCCGGAAGGUUCUAGCGCGCAAGAUUCUCAUCUGCUGGGCCCUGAGGAGGUGCAGGCGGAUGAGGACCAUUCCUUUAUUAGCAACGCCAACACAGCAACCACUUCCGAUCGCAUAGAAGACCAGUUGAACACGGUGAUCAAUCCGCAUCGCUCCACGUUCUAUAUCAUUGUGCUGACGAUUGUUGUCGGCAGUUUACAGUUGGCUUGGUCGACAGAGUUCUCAGAGGGAACACCUUUCUUGCUAUCUCUUGGUAUCUCAAAGCAGGUUCUGGCACUGAUUUGGAUUGCAGGUCCAAUCUCGGGAACUGUUGGUCAGCCUAUUGUUGGAAUUUUCAGUGACAAGUGCAAUGCAGCAAUUGGAAGACGAAAACCGUUUAUUCUGGGUGGAUGUGCUGCCACGGCGUUCUCGCUGUGGUACCUGUCGCACUCCACUUCGAUAGUAGGUUUUUUCGUGCGCGGAGCAGAUCAGGAUAGGAUCAACCGAAUUGCAGUGCCAUUUGCAGCCUUUGGUGUGUACAUGCUGGACUUUUCGAUAAGUGUAAUCCAGGCCUCCAGUAGAGCUUUCAUCGUUGAUUGUGUGCCCACGGACCAGCAGCAGAUUGCCAAUGCCUGGGCAGCAAGGUCUAUAGGAUUGUUCAACAUUGUGGGGUUCUGGCUGGGAACAGUGGAUCUCACGCGCCAUCUGAGUUUCUUUGGGGACACUCAGUUCAAGGUGCUUGCGACUGUAGCGGCGAUUUUCCUGACUGUUUUGACAUGUGCGGCGUGUUGGUAUGUUAAGGAACGGAAUCCGCAGACGGAUAUCGCAAUCCGCGCGGAAAGAAGGAAACACCACAGGAAACUGAUCGCUAUGGGCAUAGACGACGACAAUCUAAAUGUUUUCACGGCGAUUGUGUCACUCUUCAAACAAACGGUCCAUUCGAUCAGAAAACUACCGCCCCAGAUUAAGAUCGUUUGCUAUGCCGAGUUUUUUGCUUGGAUUGGCUAUUUCCCUAUGUUGUUCUACACGACUACGUAUGUGGGUGAGCUGUAUCUCUAUGAAAACGGUUACUCCAAUCCUUCGAGCUUGCCUCCAGAGCAGAGACAACCUCUUCUGGACGAGGCUACCAGACGCGGCACCUUAGCCCUGCUGUUGCACGCAAUAACCACGCUGGCUGUGGACCUUGUGCUUCCUCUGUUGGUAUCGCCCCAUUCAAGUGCUGUUCAGACCCAUUCUUGUGAUUCAGCUUGGUAUAGAUUCAAGACAUUUGUCCAAAGCGUCUCCGUGAUCAAGACUUGGGUUGUGAGCCACGCUGUGUUCAUUCUGUGCACACUUUCCACAUUCUGGAUUUGGAAUUCGAGGAAUGCCAUCAUCAUGUUCGGUUUCUUGGGGAUUCCAUGGGGUGUUGCGCUGUGGGCGCCUUUCGUGUUAAUUAGUGAGGAAGUAAGUCGCAUCAAGGACAUCAAGGCUCGUGCUGCAGUCGUUGCAAAUCAGUACCAUCACCAUUCGCGUUCCCGCCAGUUUGACGAUGAUGAUGCUACGUUCAACCCUCACGUUUCGCCUCAGUUGGAUAGUGACUUUGACUACUCAUCUCUUGAUCCUUCGGUCUUAUCCGGAAUCAAUGGUGUUAUGGGAAAGUACUCAGCUGUGGUCCAUCCGAAGGUAGUGGCCAAAUAUGACCACAUGGAACACGAAUCUGGAAUCAUCCUUGCCAUUCAUAAUGUUUACGUUGCUGCACCACAGAUCAUCAGCUCGCUGGCGAGUAGUCUGCUCUUCCGCCUGCUUGCCUUGAAGAAAGGAGAAGAGGGUUUCGACGAUAGUCUGGGAUGGGUGUUUAGAUUUGGUGGAUUAGCUGCAAUUGGUGCUCUUGUGCUGAGCAUGAGGGUGAAAACCAAUGAGCAGCUAAUGGAGGAGGACUGGGAGGAAUCGCAAGCUUGA